UAUGUAGAUGUAAGAGGGGUAACUAGUAUAAAUGGUGCAUCUAUGCACCGAUCGAUCCUUUCAUUCGACGACGGUUUACGUGUAACAUUUCAUUUAUUGACUUUUUUCGUAAACGUUAUUUUUAAAUUAAUUUUUGAAAAAUGGACUCCGUAUCCGUAAGUUUUAACAAUGCGGAGGAACACAAACCUAUAUUUACACUAGCUGGCGAUCAAAAUCCUACAUCAACUACCGAUAGCUUCAUGUUUCCGGAUAAUAGAAACGUGGCUCAAGAUCCAGUAUUGCCGUCUAUGACACCAAUGAUGCCGGGUCUUGAAGGCAGUGAGCUCUUGAACAUGCUGACACAACAGGAGCCCAGAGCCGCCGAUUAUCCGCCCGCAGUCGCCGAUAUGGAGGAAUUGUUGUCAAAUAUUCGUCUGAAUGGAUCUGACAUGUUCACUGAAGAUGCCAACGUUAAUAAUUAUUUUUCAGGAUUUGGUAGUCGUACCGAGUCCGCAUCGUCUAGCGUUUGGCCUGACGCUGCGACACCGCAGCCCUCGAGGAACAGCGAAAUGAUGGAUACUUUCGACUUCCUCGUUAAAAGUUUGUCGUCGGCAAACACAUACGUGUCGAUGUUGACACGAGAGCAACUGUCAGUGCUGCGAUCCAUUCGUCCUAGUCUGUUGUAUGAAUUCCUGCAAGAAGUGGCCAAAGCACGCAGCGACCGCCGUAUGCGACGCGCCCUACCGAACGAAUGUGCCUUCUGCAAGAAUAACGGCGAGAACGAGGAGUGUUACUCUUCACAUGCACUGAAAGAUUUACGCGGUCGUGUCUUGUGCCCUGUUUUGCGCGCUUUCCGCUGUCCCCGCUGUGGCGCCACUGGUGACAGGGCCCAUACUAUCAAGUAUUGCCCGGAGGGCAGUGAAUCAGGUUCUGGAAGCCUUUCGUCCCGCAGGCGAGUGCCUCCUUCGACGUCGCUGCUGUUGAAUGGCGCCGGCGCCAACAGUUCACGCUCGCAGGCCGGGACGUCUGCGCCUUCCGCUUCCCCAGUCAGCUCACCAGCCAACCCGGGACUCUCCUACUCAUCUCUCUGGACCAACUUUGGUCUAAACUGAUCCUUGACGAGUGAAUACAAACUACUGGUCUCAAUAAUCUAUCUUUUGUCAAGCAUCGAUAGAAUUUUAACACACCCAUAUAAAGUGUCAAAAUUGUAUCUCUAGUCCAAUCGAUAGAUUAUCGAAACUUGUUAUUGCUAGACAGCGAGUAUCCUGGGUGCAAAUAUUAGAUUGUUUUUGGAUAUAACUGUACCAUUUGUUGACUAUAUCUACGCACCUCCAAGGACGCUCGUUAUUACUGUUCACUUGUGUGAAAUGUACUAUGGAAUACUGAUUCACGAUACCUUAAGCCUCGGCUUUGGUACAUUUUUUUCUGAGACCAUAAACACAAAAUAUGGUUUUCUGUUUUAAAUAUUGCGUACCGGUAUUUAUUAACAGGGAAGCUGUAUUUUCAAACUAGAGUUCGGUCAUUUUUCUACUUUACAAAGUAUAAAAGUGCACUGUAAAAGAACAUUAGUUCGAAAUAUUUUCAAAGUAUGCAGGCCAUGCUUUGGGUCAAACACCUAAUUAUGGUUUCAGAACAUUUUCUAUUUACAUUGUUUCUCUAAUUAAUUUUUCAUUGGUUUUAAAAAUAUUUAUACCUUAUGUUAUCAAAUGUCUGAAGUUGAUUAAAAUUAAUAAUAAUAUGUAAUAACAUCGAAAUAUUCAUACAUCAGCUACAAUUGAAUAGUUUCUAUUCUAAAUCUUAAUGAAUUUAUUGUUAAUAUAUUUCUCCUAUAAUCAAUUUACAUUAUUUCAUGUACACUGCAAUACUUUGGUAAAAUUAACUUUUGGCAAAAAAAAUAUUCUAAUCACUAGUUAGUGUACCAAUGAAAAAUUUUCCUUUCGCUUUUUGUAGAAUCGAAUAUAUUACUUAUUUUGAGCAUUA